UGAGCUGGAAUCUCUCUGCCCAAUUAUCAAGCUUUCCCGGAAGGGCAGUGGCAAACCGGAGUUGGGGUAUGGACAGCCGCUUGCAGGAGAUCCGAGAGAGGCAGAAGCUCCGGCGACAGCUCCUCGCGCAGCAGUUGGGAGCUGAAAGUGCUGACAGCAUUGGUGCUGUGUUAAAUAGCAAAGAUGAACAGAGAGAAAUCGCUGAGACACGAGAAACCUGCAGGGCUUCCUAUGACACUUCUGCUCCACAUGCAAAACGGAAAUAUCAAGAGGAAGGAGAGACAGAUGAAGACAAGAUGGAAGAGUAUAAGGAUGAGCUUGAGAUGCAACAGGAGGAAGAGAAUUUGCCAUAUGAGGAAGAGAUCUACAAAGACUCCAGUACCUUUCUUAAGGGAACACAGAGUUUAAAUCCCCACAAUGAUUACUGCCAGCACUUUGUAGAUACUGGACACAGACCUCAGAAUUUCAUCAGGGAUGUAGGUUUGGCUGACAGGUUUGAAGAAUACCCUAAACUAAGGGAGCUCAUCAGACUAAAGGAUGAAUUAAUAGCGAAAUCUAAUACUCCUCCCAUGUACCUACAAGCAGACAUCGAAGCCUUUGACAUACGAGAACUAACACCCAAGUUUGACGUGAUUCUUCUGGAACCCCCGCUAGAAGAAUAUUACAGGGAGACUGGCAUCACUGCUAACGAGAAGUGCUGGACCUGGGAUGACUGCUUACGCAAGUGGGGUUACAGACGAUGCGAAGAUAUUUGUUGGAUUAAAACUAAUAAAAACAACCCUGGGAAGACUAAGACUUUAGAUCCAAAGGCUGUCUUUCAGAGAACAAAGGAGCACUGCCUCAUGGGGAUCAAAGGAACUGUUAAGCGGAGCACAGACGGGGACUUCAUUCACGCCAACGUCGACAUUGAUUUGAUCAUCACAGAAGAACCUGAAAUUGGCAAUAUUGAAAAACCUGUGGAAAUCUUCCAUAUAAUCGAACAUUUUUGCCUGGGUAGAAGACGCCUGCAUCUAUUUGGAAGAGAUAGUACGAUCCGACCAGGCUGGCUUACAGUUGGACCAACCCUGACAAACAGCAACUACAACGCAGAAACAUACGCCUCCUACUUCAGCGCCCCCAAUUCCUACCUGACUGGAUGUACAGAAGAAAUCGAAAGACUUCGACCAAAAUCACCUCCCCCCAAAUCGAAAUCUGACCGGGGAGGUGGAGCCCCGAGGGGUGGAGGAAGAGGAGGCACUUCUGCUGGCCGGGGCCGAGAAAGAAACCGAUCUAACUUCCGAGGAGAAAGGGGGGGCUUCCGGGGGGGCCGAGGUGGAGCACACAGAGGGGGCUUUCCACCCCGAUAACUCGUGAAGACCUUGAGCCUCCCCAUGCCCCCCCCCAACCCCCCACCCGGCCUACUUUCGUGCAGUCUCCAUUUCAGUCAGGAGACUCAGUUCCAGCUUUCUGCCCUUUGUUCUGGCUCCUGUGAGCUGCAGGAGUCUCCUAGCCAGCCUGCCAGGCGAUUGCCACAUCAUCUAUCCGACUAGCUGUGUGCAGAAUUGGGGGUGGGGGUGGGGGGGCUUCUUUUGCCUUCUGUCAGGUGCUUGUAGCCAAGCCAAACCAAAUGGGACAACUCAGAACACCUCCACUUUUAGAGACCGAGUUUAUUUGGACAGAUUCCAAGUGAUCGCAGGAGUGUCUUUGCUUUUUUACCAGCAGCUAAACACCGAAAAAGACCCAGUGUCUCCAGGCAGCGGGAUCCUACUGGGUGCUGGGCAGGAGUUAACCAUGGGCCUUGCCACUACCGUCACAGCAGGGGGGGGGCAGUUCCACAGGGGGUUCAAUGGACUUGGGGCAGAUGAUAAAACUUGUCACAGUUUUAGCCAUUUUUCCUAUUGAAACAAAGCACUGCUCAGCUCUGGCUUUACAGUGGAGCUGGGGAUUGAACUUGGGACCUUUGGUGCCUCAGGCUUGAAAGGCUCUUUGCAUAACCAUUGUGUAAUCUCUCCAACCCUUAAAAAAAAAAAUCUUAAUUUGUCAUAA